AUGUCAAUUAAAGUUCAUUACUUCGAGGGAUAUGGCAAGGCUGAAGCUAUUAGAAUGCUAUUGGCACACGCCAAAGCAGAUUGGGAGAGUGUAAACUAUGACGAUGAACAAUUCAAGGCACUCAAGGAAUCUGGGAAGCUUGAGUUUGGCCAAGUGCCAGUACUUGAAAGAGAAGGCAAGCUAUAUUCACAGUCUCAAGCAAUCUUGAGAGGUCUUGGAAUAGCUCACGGAUACUAUCCAUCUGAUCCAUAUCAUGCCUACCUUGCUGAUUCAAUGCUAGAUUAUUUAAGUGACUUCAGUUCUGCCAGAGUCAAGGCUUUAUAUUAUCAUGACCCAGAAGCCAAGGAAAAAAUGAUUGCUGAUUUUAUUGCUAAAAAUGUGCCAGCCCUCUUCGAAGCAAUCUAGAAACGACUCGAAGAAAACUCUUGCCCAGAUAAACUAGUGGGAGAAAAGUUGACUAUCGCUGACUUUGGAGUUGCCUCAAUUUCUUUCAGUUAGUUCAUGAACAAGUAAAAUGUUUAUUAUGAGUAAUAUCAGGAAAUACUUUCAAAGUACCCUAAGGUUCUUGAUUACUUUAAUGGACUGGGUGAGGUACUUAAAGAGCACUUAGAGACAAGAAAACCAAGUCCAUAUUGA